UUUUAUAAACAAUGGCUUUAAAUAAUAGCAAUAAUACAAGUAAUAAUAAUCCUGAUGAAUUAAAAUCUGGUAAAUUAGUUGUACGAGUUGAUCAGGACAGUGAUUCUGAUUUACAAGCAUUGUUUGACACUGUACUAAAGCCAGAUUCAAAGCGACCAUUACAAGUGCCGUUGCGUAUGAGAAAAUUACCAAAUUCAUUUUUUAAUCCACCAUCGACGGGUUCGAAAUCACCAUCGAUAUCACAUUCACGUGAGAACAGUGCGGAUUCAGCAUUUGGUUCGGCUGGAGGUGGUACAUCGAAUGUUUCGACAACGACAGGGGGUUCCGUUGUUGGUUCACAACAGAAUUCAGGUGUACAAGGGUGUACGUUACAGGUAACACAUGCGAGAGCACAUAGUUCACCUGCAUCACUGCAACAGACGUAUGCGGUCGGACAAAAUGCUGGACAACCACCGCAAGUAAAUAGCGCACAUCAUAUGAAACAAAGAUCGUAUGAUGUUGUCAGUUCGGUACAGGAAGAACAAGGACCUUUACCACCUGGAUGGGAACAAGCACGAACUCCUGAAGGACAAGUUUAUUACCUCAAUCAUUUAACACGCACUACAACAUGGGAAGAUCCACGAAAAACAAUUGCAGCUCAAGCGGCCGUAGCCGCUGCUCAACAUCAGAGUGUCGAACAAUUAUUAGGCUCACAUACAAAUCAAACCCAAUCACAAACUACAGCAGCAAGUGUGGUAAAUAAAGCACCUUCAACAGAUGCGUUAGGCCCUUUACCAGAUGGUUGGGAACAGGCUGCCACACCUGAAGGCGAAAUUUAUUUUAUCAAUCACGAAACACGUACCACAUCUUGGUUUGACCCACGAAUACCUAUACCGUUACAGCGUAAUCCAGCCGCUGGUGGAAUGCUACCAAACAAUUGGUUAAAUAUCAACACAUUACAAUCACAGGAUCAAAACUCAUUACAAGCUAGCCAACAAAAAUUACGACUUCAAUCAUUAAAAUUAGAACGGGAAAUGUUAAAACAACGUCAACAAGAAAUUCGACGACAGCAAGAAUUAAUGUUACGUCAACCGAGUUCCGAAUUACCAAUGGAUCCCUUCUUAUCAGGUUUGGCUGAUCAUUCGCGACAGGAGAGUGCUGACAGUGGUUUAGGUAUGGGUCCCACGUAUUCAAUGCCACAUACACCCGAAGAUUUUUUGGCAAAUAUUGACGAUAAUAUGGAUUGCGUUAGUGAAGGUGGAGCUGGAGGGGGUAUCGAUGCACCCGACUUGUCAUCGCUGAAUGAUAAUAUUGAUAAUACUGAUGACUUAGUGCCAUCUUUACAAUUGGGGGAAGAAUUCGAAAGUGAUAUUUUAUUAAACGAUGUACAAUCGUUAAUAAACCCGAAUACGAGUAAACCAGACAAUAACGUGCUAACAUGGUUGUAAAAAAACAAAAAAACAUAUAUUCAAACGUAUUGUGAACUCAAAAAAAAAAGUUUAUUAAUGGUGGUGUGGGCUGUUGUUUUGGCUGUAGAAAUAUAUACUCGACCCAUCAAAUUUUCAUCAAAAAACAUAACAACAACAAAAAAAACUACACGAUAUAUCAUUUUGGUGCUAUUUUCAAAAUACAGUCAAAACCUGGUUAUAACGACAUUGGUACCGAGACCGUAAAAGUAUCGGUCGCUUUAAAUCGAACGUCGUUAUAAGCGAUAUUCGAUUAGCCUGUGAGCUAUCAACAAGAAUGGGCCUUUCGGGAACUAAUUUGUUGACCUCUUUCAAUCUAAAUCAUUCUUCUCCGA